AUGGCAGACAAGGACGAGAAAACAAACAUCACGGCUCCUGACCCACUAGCCGCUGCUGUUGAGCCCGUCACGCCCCGGGAGCCAGAAAAUGCCACAUUCGCCAUUGAUAUCGACAAGGCAGAUGAGAAGGAUGAAAGCUCCGACUUUGACGAGAAGAAGAUCAGACCAGAGCUGAAGGCGACCAAGAGCCAUGCUACCGAUGCCAGCGUCGCCACCACAACUGCAACCCAUCGGGUACCAGAAAGUAAACCUUGGUACAAGACGCCAAAUCCACUGAAAUGGGGCGGCAUUCCUCCUGUCCCCGAUGAGAAGAUCGUGUCCCGGGAGUACAAAGCCGGCUUCUUCAGUCUUUUGACUUUCCAAUGGAUGGCUCCUCUGAUGAGUGCCGGAUACAAGCGGCAGCUUGAACCCAACGAUAUUUGGGCUGUCAACCCAGACAGGGGGACAGAUGUCAUGACAGACAAGUUGAAAGCUUCUUUCAAAAAACAUAUUGACAAGGGAAGCAAAUACCCAUUGUUGUGGGCAUUACAUGAGACUUACUUCUUCGAGUUUUGGCUUGGCGGUAUGCUUCAGCUCGCGUCAACUGUCUUCCAGGUCAUGUCACCCUUCACCCUGCGCUACCUCAUCCAAUUCGCGAACGAUGCCUAUGCAGCUUCUCAACAGGGCUCACCACCUCCUGCGAUUGGCAGGGGAAUUGGCCUGGUGAUCGGUGUCACCUUCAUGCAGAUUUUCCAGAGUUUGGGCACGAACCAUUUCAUCUAUCGCGGCAUGAUGAUUGGUGGCCAGUCAAGGGCAGUCCUCAUCAGCAAGGGAGACGCCAAAGGUCCUGGCAUUUCCGGAGAUGGCACGGGAUGGGGUAACGGCAGAAUUGUCAACCUCAUGAGCGUUGAUACAUAUCGCAUUGAUCAAGCGUCAGCUCUCUUCCACUUGACCUGGACUGCGCCCAUCUCCUGCGUUAUCACGCUGGUCGUUCUGCUCAUCAACUUGAGCUAUAGUGCACUUGCCGGAUUCGCUCUCUUAGUUGCUGGUAUCCCCUUGUUGACAAGAGCCAUCAGAAGCUUAUUCAAGCGGAGAAAGUCCAUCAACAAGGUCACGGAUCAGAGAGUCAGCCUGACCCAGGAAAUUCUGCAGUCGGUCCGUUUCGUCAAGUACUUUGGGUGGGAGACCGCAUUCCUCGACCGUCUCAAGGAAAUCCGAAAACGGGAAAUCCACGCCAUUCAAAUCUUGCUGGCAAUCCGAAACGCCAUCAACGCUGUCAGUCUGUCACUGCCCAUCUUCGCCUCUAUGCUAUCCUUCGUCACCUAUGCAAAGACCAACAACGCCUUGAACCCCGCCGAGGUCUUCUCAUCAUUGGCCUUGUUCAACGGUCUUCGUAUUCCGCUCAACUUGCUGCCGCUAGUUCUUGGUCAAGUCGUCGAUGCCUGGUCAUCAUUGAAACGAAUCCAAGAGUUCUUGCUGGCCGAGGAACAAGAGGAAGAUGUGGUCUUCAAGCCAGAGGGUGAGAAUGCAUUGGAGAUGACGAAUGCUAGCUUUACCUGGGAGCGAACUGCAACCCAGGAGUCUGAGAAGCCUGCUGGUGGUGCCCCAAAAAGGGACAAGAAGGUUGCGACCCAAGUGCCUGCACCCGCAAAGAAUGUCUCCAAGCCCAACGAGCCACUGGCCUCAUCUGGCGACAGCACGGGAGACGGUGCCAGCACGCUUGUCGAGGAGGAACGCGAACCUUUCAAGCUGCAGGACAUGAACUUUGAGAUCAAGAGGGAUGAGCUUGUCGCAGUCAUUGGAACAGUCGGAAGCGGCAAAACCUCGCUACUGGCCGCGCUCGCAGGUGACAUGAGGAAAACAUCUGGCGAAGUUGUGCUUGGCGCUUCCCGAGCCUUUUGCCCACAAUAUGCAUGGAUCCAGAAUGCUACGGUCCGUGACAACAUCCUCUUCGGUAAGGACAUGGACCGAGCAUGGUAUCAAGAAGUCAUCAACGCUUGUGCUCUGCGCCCCGAUCUUGCCAUGCUCCCGAACGGAGAUUUGACAGAGAUUGGCGAACGAGGAAUCACAAUUUCGGGAGGACAGAAGCAGCGUCUCAACAUUGCUAGGGCCAUCUACUUUGACUCCGAUAUCGUGCUCAUGGACGACCCUCUUAGCGCUGUUGACGCUCACGUGGGACGGCACAUCUUCGACAAUGCCAUCCUCGGUCUCUUGAAGGGCAAAUGCAGGAUCCUAGCAACGCAUCAGCUCUGGGUUCUUAACAGAUGUGACAGGGUCAUUUGGAUGGAGGGCGGCAAAAUUCAAGCCGUCGACACCUUUGACAACUUGAUGAGAGAUCAUCGUGGCUUCCAGCAACUAUUGGAGACAACUGCACAGGAAGAGAAGGAAGACGAGACCGCACCCACUAACCUGGCUGAAGCGCCCCAAGGCGACAAUAAGAAGAACAAGAAAGGCGCUGCUCUCAUGCAACAAGAGGAGCGCGCUGUGGCAAGUGUUCCCUGGAAGGUGUACGGAGAUUUCAUCCGCGCCUCUGGUUCCAUCCUCAACGCACCCUUUUUGAUCUUCCUCCUGAUUCUCUCCCAAGGAGCGAACAUCAUGACCAGUCUUUGGCUGUCCUACUGGACGAGUAAGCGUUACCCACUGUCUGACGGACAGUACAUCGGCAUAUACGCCGGUCUGGGUGCCCUCCAAGCGAUACUCAUGUUCGUUUUCUCGUUGCUUCUGUCUAUCCUCGGCACCAAGUCUAGCAAGGUUAUGCUUCGACAGGCAGUGACACGAGUCCUUCGCGCCCCAAUGUCCUUUUUCGACACCACACCCCUUGGCCGAAUCACCAAUCGGUUCUCAAGAGACGUGGAUGUGAUGGACAACAACUUGACAGACGCCAUGAGAAUGUACUUCUUCACGCUGGCCAUGAUCUUGUCCGUCUUUGCCCUCAUUAUCGCCUUCUUCCAUUAUUUCGCCAUCGCACUCGGACCACUGUUCGUGUUCUUCAUCCUCGCUUCCUCUUAUUACCGCGCAUCAGCACGCGAAGUCAAGCGAUUCGAGUCGGUCCUUCGAUCCACCGUAUUCGCAAAGUUUGGUGAAGGAUUGAGUGGCGUUGCCAGCAUUCGAGCCUAUGGUCUCAAGACUCAUUUCAUCGCCGACUUGAGAAAGUCCAUUGACGAGAUGAAUGCUGCGUACUACCUCACAUUCUCGAACCAGCGCUGGUUAUCGACUCGCCUCGAUUUGAUCGGUAAUCUUCUUGUCUUCACCGUUGGUAUCCUCGUCGUGACCUCACGAUUCAGCGUGCCCCCAAGCAUUGGAGGCCUGGUACUCAGCUACAUUCUCGGUAUCGUGCAGAUGAUCCAAUUCACCGUCCGUCAACUCGCGGAAGUUGAGAACGGUAUGAACGCCGUGGAGCGAAUCCAAUACUACGGCACUCAGCUGGAGGAAGAGGCGCCUUUACAUACUAUUGAAGUCCGGCCUGAGUGGCCUGAGAAGGGCGAAAUCGUCUUUGAUAACGUGGAGAUGCGCUACCGUGCCAACUUGCCCCUUGUGCUUUCUGGUCUAUCGAUGCACGUGCAAGGAGGCGAGCGUAUUGGCAUUGUCGGUAGAACGGGUGCGGGCAAGUCGUCCAUCAUGUCUACUCUUUUCCGUCUCGUCGAGCUGUCGGGUGGGCACAUUACCAUUGAUGGUGUCGACAUCUCCACCAUUGGUCUGCAUGACCUGCGAUCCCGCCUAGCGAUCAUUCCACAAGACCCAACGCUUUUUAGGGGCACAGUCCGCUCCAACCUGGACCCGUUUAGCGAGCAUACGGAUCUGGAGCUAUGGUCCGCCUUGCGACAGGCUGAUCUCGUCCCAGCAGACGCGAACCUAGAGGAUCCAAGGUCUAAGGAGUCGUCUAGCAUUCACCUUGAUUCCGUCGUCGAAGAGGAUGGCCUCAACUUCUCUCUGGGACAGCGCCAGCUCAUGGCCCUGGCACGCGCUCUCGUCCGUGGCAGCCGCAUCAUUGUCUGCGACGAGGCGACGUCCUCCGUCGAUAUGGAAACGGACGACAAGAUCCAGAACACCAUCGCCACGAGCUUCAGGGGCAGGACGCUAUUGUGCAUUGCCCAUCGUCUGCGCACCAUUAUCGGCUACGACCGUAUCUGCGUCAUGGAUGCCGGCCGAAUCGCGGAGCUGGACACGCCUCUUGCGCUGUGGCAGCGGGAGGGCGGCAUCUUCAGGAGUAUGUGUGACCGCAGUGGCAUCAGACUGGAGGAUAUCCGCGGCGCGAGCGAGGGUGCUGCUCCCCUGGAGAUCCAGGCUGGCGGAUCGAGUUAG